AUGUCAGCCCCUCCUAUUCCUUCAAGUCCGGUUAGGUCCGUCGGUAUCACUCCACCGGAUAUAUCGUUGUGGACUCGCCUAACAACUUUCGCCUCGGAAAAUAAGGCUGUUGUUUACACUAUCGGCGCUGUAGUGGUAGUUGCCGGGGCCGGUGGUAUUUACUACAUCUCGCAACAGUCGCGAGAAUCCGGAAAGGCCGGGAAGGCCAAGAAGGACCGACGAAAGGACAUCAAGGACAAGGCUUCAUCGAAGGAGAAGAAAGUUGCAGAUGAAAACCUAUCUCAACCCUCAGAACAAGAGGAAGCUUAUCCCGAGGUGAAUGAGGAGAUUGUGCAAACUUUGACGCCCGAGCAAAAAAAAGAUUAUGCCAGCAAACUCAAGGCUGCCGGUAAUAAGGCUUAUGGUAACAAAGAGUUUGAUCUAGCUAUCGAACUGUAUAGUAAAGCCAUUCUCUGCAGACCAGACCCAAUUUUCUACUCCAACAGAUCUGCUUGUUACAACUCUCUGUCACAAUGGCAAAAGGUUGUGGAUGACACGAGUGCAGCCAUUGCGCUUGACCCAGAAUACGUCAAGGCUCUCAACCGCCGAGCUCACGCUUAUGAGCAGCUUGAGAACUACAGUGCGGCCUUGUUGGACUUCACGGCCAGCUGUAUCAUCGAUGGAUUCAGGAACGAGGGUGCCGCACAGAGCGUUGAGAGAUUACUCAAGAAGGUUGCUGAGGCAAAAGGAAAGGCGAUGUUGGCGGCCAGACCCAAGAAGCUACCUUCGUGCACCUUCGUUUCCAACUACUUGCAAAGUUUCAGGCAGAAGAACCGACCAGCGGGUCUUGAGGACACUGCCUCGCUUCAAGAAGAGACUGGAGAUUACCAUUUGAGGGCCGGACUCCAGGCGGUAGAGAGGAAGUCCGUCGACGGGUAUGAGGAGGCUAGUGAGGAGUUUGAAAAGGCCAUGCAGCUCGGUACAAACUUUGAGGCAUAUGCGUUGAACUGGAGGGGCACUUUCAAAUACUUGCGGGGAGACCCCAUGGAGGCGCUGGAGGAUGUGAGCAAGAGUAUCCAAUUGGACAACACAAUGACCCAGAGCUACAUUAAGCGGGCUAGCAUGCUUUUGGAACUUGGUGAUCGCGAGGGCGCUUCGAUGGACUUCACCACUGCUCUCGAGAAAAACUCGGAAGACCCAGAUAUCUACUACCACAGGGCGCAGCUGCACUUCAUUCUCGGCGAAUUCGGCGAGGCCGCCAAGGACUACCAGAAGUCAAUCGACCUUGACCGGGAUUUCAUCUUCUCGCACAUCCAGCUCGGUGUUACGCAGUACAAGAUGGGCUCGAUUGCGUCCUCAAUGGCGACAUUCCGAAGGUGCAUAAAGAACUUUGACAAGACCCCAGAUGUGUACAAUUACUACGGAGAGCUUUUGCUUGACCAGCAAAAGUUCCAGGAGGCGAUUGAGAAGUUUGACACAGCGGUCGAGAUGGAGAGGACGGCAAAGCCAAUGGCGAUGAACGUUUUGCCAUUGAUUAACAAAGCUCUGGCACUGUUCCAGUGGAAGCAGGAUUUCGGCGAGGCUGAAAAGCUCUGCGAAAGGGCCCUUAUUAUUGAUCCGGACUGUGAUAUCGCCGUGGCGACAAUGGCCCAGCUGCUUCUGCAGCAGGGUAGGGUACAAGAGGCGCUCAAGUACUUUGAGAAGGCUGCUCAGCUUUCGCGAACUGAGGGAGAGAUUGUCAACGCCUUGUCGUAUGCCGAGGCUACCAGAACACAGCUUGAGGUGCAAGAGAAGUACCCUCAAUUGGCCAACAAACUUCAAGGGAUGGGCGGUAUGAGAUAG